GAGAGAGAAAGGAGGAGGAGGAGGUGGGGAAAGACCUGGAUUGAAUUAACAGACUCAGCAGCAGCUGCUACUGCAAUUCAAGGAGAGACACUGUCAUUCCCUCCACUUGUCUCACACCCACUCCUCUGAAGAGAGGGACAGAUAGAUGCACGGACGUACAGGGAGAAGGGCGAGGGGGAACUGUCAGGGGUGCUGCCCAAGGAGCCAGAAGCCACUGAGGAGAGAAGGAUGCCUGCCGGGCUGAAGAACAUGGGGACACCCAGGAAGAGGGGAGAUACUUGUCUGCAUCGCAGCUGCUUUGCGGAUCUUUUUGGGCUGGAGUCACUCAGUUGGAGCCCUGUUGCUGCCUGCUGGGAGGGAGACUGGGAGUGAAAGAUAAACCAGCAGCUGAUACCCCAGGACUCCAAGCCCCUCCCUUUCCUCCUGGAUCUCCUCCCCACCCCAUCCCCUGACAUCCCAGUCCCACUGGCCUCUCCCAGACUGCAGAAAUCACAGCCUUAGAAAGGGCUCAUUUCCAGCCUUAGUUUCUCCUGAUUGUCCCAGGCACAAGCCACCCAAGGAGUCUAUAUUGUUGGGCUGAUGUUGAGGCCUCCAGGAUUUUGACCAUCAAUGCGGAUAACCUAUUGUCUGGAUUUCAAAUGCUGUUCCUCUGCUCGGGCACUAAACAGACCUAAAUGACUCCAGAAAAAGGCCCUGUGGCUUCUACUGAAUCGGAGCUGGAUUUGCUUUGCAACUAAAAUAUACCUUUGGUUUCAGUGGAGUUAAAUUCCUUGGCCUGGCCUCAUCUCGGCUUCAGCGAGAUGGGCAUUCAUUCCCAGCAGACAAACGCAUGAAAGGGAAUGAGGACGUUUUUUUUCAUGGGCUCAAACCAUUGUCCCAAGGGUGUUGAUGAACUGGAAGAAAAAAAUCCCUGAUUUUAGUUGCUUUCCUCCCAUUUUUGAUCACUUGAUGGAUCAAUAGAAGGUGUAGACUGAUGGAUACAGCUACGUUUCUUUUUGCUCUCCACUUCAUACCCUUUAAAGGGUGACGAGUGCUACUAAAGUGCUGUCCGAGGAGUCAGGACCCUGUUGUUCCUGGCCCACCCUUCAUGGUGCAUGGUGUGCUAGUGACGGUGGCCCUGGCACUUGAUAGACAAUGGCUUUAAGGCCCGGCCUUCUCCUGCAGCCAGCAUGUAGCCACCUUCAGGCAUGAAUGAUUCCCACUUACUCCUUCUUCUGCCUCCAUGAGACAUGUUGCUCAAGACCAACUAAAAUGGGCACAGGCUGCACUUGGCUGUGGGGAGAGGGGCCCAUGUCCCACUGCUCCUCUGCCAUGCUCCUGACCCCUUUCCUGAUUGCCAUGGCAAUGGUCUUCUCUGAGGCCAGUGCUAGCUGUCCCGUCCUCUGCACCUGCCGCAGCCACGUGGUGGAUUGCAGUGGGCAGAGGCUCUUCUCGGUGCCCCCUGACCUGCCCCUAGACACCAGGAACCUGAGCCUGGCGCAUAACCGCAUCACCACUAUCCCACCGGGCUACCUCACCUGCUAUGCUGAGCUGAGGGUGUUGGACCUAAGGAAUAACUCCCUGGCAGAGCUGCCCGCCUGGCUCUUCCUGACUGCCAAGCGGCUGGCCCACCUGGACCUGAGCUACAACAACUUCAGCCAUGUGGCUGCUAAUAUGUUCCAAGAGGCCAACAGUCUGGUGAGGAUUGACCUGAGCCACAACCCGUGCCUGCGAAAGGUGCACCCCCAGGCUUUCCGGGGGCUAGCCCAGCUCCGUGACCUGGACCUCAGCCAUGGGGGGCUGUCCUUUCUCAGCCUGGAAGCCCUGGAGGAUCUCCCGGGUCUGGUGACCCUACAGAUCGGGGGCAACCCCUGGGUGUGUGGCUGCACCAUGGAGCCACUCCUGAAGUGGCUAAGGAAUCGCAUCCAGCACUGCACCUCAGAUUCCCAGCUGGCCGAGUGCCGUGCCCCACCCGAGGUGGAGGGAACCCCCUUGUUCUCACUGACAGAGGAGAGUUUCAAGGCCUGCCACUUGACCUUGACGUUGGACGAUUAUCUCUUCAUUGCCUUUGUGGGCUUCGUUGUCUCUAUUGCCUCUGUGGCCACCAACUUCCUGCUGGGCAUCACCGCCAACUGCUGUCACCGCUGGAGCAAGGCCAGCGAGGAUGAGGAGAUAUAGGUGCAUGGUCCUGGCUAUGGUGCCCUUCCCCCAAUGGCAGGGGAGAUGCCAUUGAGAGCUGGGGCUGCCUGGCUGGGGACUGGCUGGCUGUGCUCAGUGCUGUCACAAGCUGCUCCAUCUUCUAUCCACAGCUGCAGCCGCCUGGGGAAACCAGCCCAUCUCUGCUCCCAGUCCCUUCUGAUCCCCCAGCCACUGUGCCCAGAGGGGCAAGGCCUGUGAGGCAAGGAGAUCUAGCCGUGCCUUGUACUAGCCCCUUCACACUGCCGGCGGCAUUGGAGACAGCCAACGAGCCAAGGCCCAGCGCCACUCGCAACACGGAUGGGCUGCCACCACUCAAGUCAGUCGCCAGUUCUCCUCUUCACCAUGUCCUGCACACUCAUACACAACAUCCACCCCCACACAUGCAUCCCCUUCCGUGCCAGCUCUUGUACCACAUCUGCCUACAAGCCUAAGACAAGGAGUUGGGUGGGGGAGGGAAUAUAUAUGGCAGACGUCAAGUGGAUUUGCAACAGCUGUAGCUCUCCAGGGUUGGACAGCUUACAGCUCAUCAGUUCUGUGUGUGGCUGUGGGGCCUGUGGCCAGGGGCACUGUGGUAUCCAGGGUUGAGGUACUACUAAGAGUCCUGAGGCAUGGCAUCUCUGAGGGCCAGAGAGGCAGGUUUAACUCUGAGGAAUGGCCCCACCAUUGAGACGUACCAUUGUACGGUUGGAGGAGACGCCAGAACAAGGGUCUGCUGUUUUCUAGUUGGUCCUUGGCUGGAUGGCCGUUGGUGUUGAGAGAGAUCUGCCCAUGCACGGUUCUCUAGAUGAAGUCGAGAAGUCAAUAGGUCAGGGAGUUUGAACUUGGUCUGUUGCUUAAGACUAGGGGUCAGGGAAAGGGUGAGCGUACUGGCAAACCUGAGGGGGAAGUGCGAGAUGGAGUAACGGGGAGGCUGUAGGUUAGGACUGAAGGGUGUCAGCAGAACUGGUGGGGGAGCCUAAGACUGGGACAGCAAGGGGGCUGUGAGUUGGGAUUGAGGCACAUUAACAGAACUGUGGAUGAGAGGUAUCAGCAAAGCUGAGGUCUGUGGGGAGACCAGUGCUGGGACAGCAGAGGGCUGCAGGUCGGGCCCGAUGGGCAUCACCAGAGCAGUGUGGGAAUGGGAAGCCCAGGAGUGGAAUAGCGGGGGGACUAUAGGUCAGGAUAGAAGGGGAUUUGCAGAGAUGUGCAGUAAGCCCACAGCACUAGAAUAGCAGGCAGGGUGCAGUUGGGAUUAAGGGGUGUUGGUGAGGGGGGUGGGGAAGCUGGGAUAGCAGGGGGGUUGUAGGCAAAUACGGGCAUCAGCAGGGUCUAGGACUGGACUAGAAAGCUAUGCCCCAGGGGAGGAUUAUGGUGCAGUCUCAGGGCUGGAACAGUAGGUGGUGCUGCCGGUCAGGUUAUAAAGUGCUAUGACAGUGCAAGUGGUGCCCAAAAGGGGCUACUCUGUACUGGUGCUACCCAGGUAGGUCUAGCUGGAGCGCUCUAUUUCUUCCCAUCUUGGACAUUAAAAUUGCAGAUUGAAAAACAAACAUGCUUUUAAAAAGAAAGGGAGAGACCAGCUGCUCUGCCCUAGCAACCGCUCAGCUUAGUCCGUCUGUGUCCACAUACCCACUGCUGAGGGGUGGGUUGGGGAGCUAAUGCCAGAUGCUCAAGGUAAGUGGUUAUUAGCCUGGCAUUACAGAUGCGGAAACUGAGGUACUGAGCGAUUGGCAUGACUUUCCUAAGGCCACAUGGGCAUAGGCGUGGAUAGAACCCACAAUGCCCAGCUCCUGCCACACUAACCCCAGCACACACAGCCACUCCCCAAUAACUUAUCUGAGAACUGGAUCAAUGCGACCAAGAGCAUUUGGGAACAACGGCUCAUUUUUGGGAUGAGCUCCUCCCAACGUCAGCUGCCACUGGUGAAGUUGGAUGUAACUUUUUUUUCGGAAGGAUUUAGAUGUGCCUCUGGCAUUUUGUGGGACGACGCAAAUAAAGGACGCUAUCCCCAAUGUUCCCAGCAGAAGAGCAACCUUCUAUAACCAUGUCUUAGAGAACUCUCUGUGCUCUGAUGUAUAGCUAAUAUAUUUUGAGACUUGUAUAUUUUUUAUUUUUGCAGAGAACCAGGACCAAACCCAAUGCCAAAUGCCACCACAGCUUUCCAGAUUAUGUCCUUCGGUCUCGCCACCACCGGAAAGUAAGGAGGCAAAAAAUCUGUCCGUGUGGGACAGAUCCCUUUAAGGAGUUGGUUUUUAUGUGGCUCGCAGAAAUCUCUGCAGCUGAUCCAAACAGGGCUAAGAAAUGAGAAGCCUUUAAUCACAGGGUACAUUUACAUUCCAUUCUCAUUCACACGUAAACCCGGGCCCACACAGACUCCUGUCGUCUAGCUGUCAAGAACUGGAAAGAGCACAUAGGUAAUGUAGCAGUUUGCUCAUCAGAAUCAUUUGCCCUCCCCUAGCCUUAAGCCCCCUUAAUGGAUUUCCUACACGUCUUAAAAAAAACGCACUUCUACUCUGGAAAAUGACAAUGUGAGAAUGACACCUUCUGACUCAGCAGAUCUGUCCCCUAGGUGCAUCUAAUCAGCCAACUUUAGUUGCUACAAUAAACUUUGGCUAUGCAAAGUCAGUACACAAUGGAUUCCACUCCACAAAGGAAUUAUUAACUUACUUUGGUAAUGCAGACACGCCUGGGUGGGUGGUUGGUAGUGGGGGUCAAAUCACAGAACUCUGGAUCAUCUCCUUCCAGCUCACUUAGCCACCCCAUUUAUAGCAGCCCCAUCAAACUCUAGUUAGCCUAGUCACCACCAGAGGGGGACAGAGCCCCAAGUUGAGCAGGUAUUGCUUAUACUUCUCUGUGAUUAGAUACUUAUCUGCCCCUUUUACUGUAGUACCUGAAAACCUCACAAUCUUUAACAUACUUCACAUCAUCCCCAUCAGGCUAGGAAGUACUAUGGGUGGGAAGCUAAGGCAUCAGAAGUUUAAGUGAUUUGCCUAACAUCAAAGAGGGCUCAACUUGUAGAGGAGGGAAUUGAAUCCAUGUUUAGUAAACCUUGAUGGCAGUGGGGGUGGCGCAGACAUCAUUGAGGGCAUAAUAUGGCCCACAGGAUCUUCCCCACUUCCCAGACAUGUGAAGAAGCCAGUCCAUGUGGCUUCUGAGGGAAGGGUAGGACCUCCUCGCAGGACUAGCAAAGUUUCAGAAGAAGGGGGAAUGGGUCCCAAAGAAACAGAAGCCAACAAGUCAUGCAGGACAGAUGAAAGGUACAAGGAUGAAAGGAGGCUGAGAUGGACAAUAAAAGAGAUCCAGAGGGGGAACAUGGAGCAGAGAAUCCUGGAGAGCACCCAUUGAUCCAAGAAGAGAUUGAGGGACCCAGUGGAUGAACUCUGGAGUGAGGGCAAGGAAAAUGAAAAGACCCCAGCUUGACUCUUAGAUCUUAGAGAGGCUGAGCUUACAGAGCUGGCAGUCAGAAGAGCUUAUAAACUGAGCAUGUGACACAGCCUCACCUUUCUGGAGUAGACCUGCACCUUGAGUUUCAUUUUUUUCUUGUGUGUUCAUUGCAUUUAGGUACAGUACAUUGUGUGUGUGUGUGUGAUUUAAUGAGUGCCAAGCUCAGAGAAUCAGACCCUGGCUGAGGGAAGGAGCAGCUCCCAGCCCUUUGCAUGCCUGCUGCUGUCAUUCCCUAGCUGCUGUAUCUGAGGGCUCCUCCAGUCCAAAUGCAGAAUCGGCUAAGCCAGAACACAAAGGGUAUUUUUUUCCCCACACCUCUUGAAUUCUAAAUGGGCCUAGGCCCCAAUGCCUGGCAUCAAGGAUAGUCUUUGAUGUCUUAGCCACAUUACAGCACUAGAGAGUCAAGACCCUCACCACUGAGGCAAUUGCUGGCGGACAAAUGUGGUGUCUUAUUUUUAACAAACCUUUUGCACCCUAAAAAUGGCCUUUGUUUCAAAAAGAAAUAUUUUUCAUCUGUUUAUUUCUUAUGGUCAUUAAACCUGAAAACAAGACAAUUUUGAUUUCAGGUGUUUUCUUUUUUCCUCCCUCUUUUCCCUCAAUUUUUCAGUGGCAAAAAUCAAAAAAGGGAGAGAAAAAAACCUGAAAACCCACACACUGAAGAAAUGAACAUUUUCAAACCCCUAAAUUGCUCUACAAAUUUUAUAUAUAUAUAUUUUUUCAAAAUUUUCUAUUCUCAAAGAAAUCCAAUAAUAGACAUUUUAAAAAAGUUUUUCUUUCUUUUAUCCUUUUUGCUUCCUUCUUCCUCUUUUUCAGUGGGAAAAGGAGGAAAAACAAGGGGAAAGUUUUUUGUUUUUUUAAAAGGAGGAAAGAAAUCAAAACCAAAAACAUUUUUAGAACCAAACACUUUCUACAAAAAUGUAUUUUAUUUCAAAAUUUUGCAUUGUUCUCAAAAAACCAAGAGUUGAAUUUUUAUUUUAUUUUUCCUUUUUAUCCCUCCCUUUCCCCUCUUUUCCCUCCCACAUUUCUUCAGUGGGAAAAGAGCAAAGAAAAGGAGGGAAAACAGGGGGGAAGGGAGUAAAAAGAAAGGGAAAAAAAAGAUUUUCAGAACCAAACAUUUUAUAUUAAAAAUUUGGCAAAAAAAAAUUGAAACCCAUGGAAUGAAAAUGAAAUUGAAAAUUUUGAAUUCCCCCUCCCCAAAAAUUUGUUGAGCAGUUUUCCACCAGCUGUGUUCGGAGGGAACCCUGAGCGAAGUCUACACUACAAAAUUUUGCCAGCAUAGCAGUGUUGGCUAGGAGUGUGGG